ACCACGUCGAGGAGCUGCACGGGCACGGAAUGACCCACACUGCGACGUCCCCACGCUGCUGACCCCCAGCCUUCGCCGAGCAGCAUGGUGGGGCAGAGCGAGGGCAGGAGGGCAGUGCUCCUGGAGCCCUUCGUGCACCAGGUGGGCGGCCACAUGAGCAUGAUGAAGUACGACGAGCACACGGUCUGCAAACCCCUGGUCUCACAGGAGCUGAGCUUCUACGAGUCGCUGCCCCUGGCCAUGAGGCAGUUCACCCCUCAGUACAAAGGUGUCGUUUCAGUGCACCUCAAGAAAGACAGCUUUGGCAACCUGACCCUGCUUGCCAGCCCCAACCUACAGCCCGAGGGCUGCGGCCGCCUGGACAACACCAGCACUGACAUAUGGCACAAAUACAAGCGGGCUGCCAGCACCAGCAGUGGCACUGAGCUCGUCAAGAGGUGCCACACGCAGCUCACCAAGACCUUCAAGGACAGCUGCCCAGGCAGGAUGCGACUGAGGACAGACCUUCAGUACUGCACAGAUUCACUGUUGGAAGAUGCAAACAGAAACCAGACAGAAAAAAACAGCUCCAACCCCUGGGGACUGCACUGUCACAGACAGCACCUGAACCGCAUGUCCUCCAAGUAUAACGAGAACAAACUGCAUCAGUUUCUAUUGCUUGAAAACGUGGUGUCGAAAUACAGCUACCCCUGCAUCCUGGACUUAAAGAUGGGAACCCGGCAGCAUGGGGACGAUGCCUCGGAGGAGAAGAAAGCAAGGCACAUCAAGAAGUGUGAACAAAGCACCUCUGCAUCGCUGGGCGUCCGCAUCUGUGGGAUGCAGGUUUACCAAGCGGACGCUGGCCAUUUUCUCUGCAAGGAUAAAUAUUAUGGAAGGAAACUCUCACCCGAGGGAUUCAGGCAAACCCUGCAGCAGUUCCUGUGCAAUGGUAACCAUCUCAGAACGGACGUCCUGGAGCCCAUCAUCCAGAAGCUGAAAGCUCUGCUCUCCGUCAUUAAGAAGCAGAGCUCUUACAGGUUCUACUCCAGCUCACUUCUCAUCAUUUACGAUGGACUGGAGCACAAGGAGAGCACGGUGCCUUUGGAUAAUCACCUCCAGGGGCACUUCCAAAAAACAAACUGCACCACGUCGCACUCCAGAGUCGACGUCCGCAUGAUAGACUUUGCCCACACCACUUUCAAAGGCUCCAAAUGCAAUCACACCACUUACGACGGGCCGGACCACGGCUAUAUUUUCGGUUUAGAGAACCUCAUCAAAAUCCUUCAGAACAUUUCAGAAGGAAAAUGACACGUUCUGUGGGCUGGCCUGGGUUUGCUCGUGACCGAUAUCCUGGAGGAGCACCGCAUCGGGUCCGUAGGGCCCUCCCAGCUGCAGAAUGUCACGUGCAUGGUUUGGAAUGAGAGCACGGACAGCUUGCUAGGAAAGUGCAAAAACUGCUACGUGCCAUUACUGAACUCAACCGUAAAAAGCAAAGAGCUGAAAGAAUCUGUUCUGUCUGCAAUCAAUCAGAAGAUUUAUUUUCCUUUCUUGUUUUACUGCUGUCCUUGAUUUAUUUGUAAGCCAAAAGAAAGCAUUACUUGAAAGAGUCUUAAUGAUAAAAUAGGACCUGCUCACCUCCACCACGCUCACAAAGCCAAGCGAGCUGAGAAGAUAUUGUGCAUUUAAGUGAGACUAUUAAAAUGAGCUGGCAGGUCUUAACAGAUUGCAGCAUUACUUUCAACUCAUGCUCAGUGCUACAGGCUGAACACAAAGACAGAAGUGGAAGAAAAAUGCACACCCUGACAUUCACGCUCCACCUGCACAGAGCUGCUCUUGCAAGCACUUCUCCAUACAGUGCAGGUGCACGGUGCUUUGUUAAAGCACGGACAUGCCAGAUGCUGCAGAGCUCCUGGUUCUGUACUGCUGAAGGUGCACAAGCAGGUGGAUCUCAGACCAAAAAAUGGACCUUGCAAAGGGCUUCAUACCCUCUGUGGGUCAUAACAGAGCAUGUUUCCAGAACUUUCUAAGCAAGGAGCUCCUCGGGGGCUGAAGU